AUGUGCUGCUCCGGCUGGACCCUCGCCAUGGGUGGUGGGGCGGUGGGAGGGGCGAGCCCACUUCACCGUUCUCCCCUCAACCCCACUCUCCCCUCAACCCCACUCUCCCCUCAACCCCACUCUCCCCUCAACCCCACUCUCCCCUCAACCGCACUCUCCCCUCAACCCCAUUCUCCCCUCAACCCCAUUCUCCCCUCAACCCCUCCCCUCAACCCCAUUCUCCCCUCAACCCCAUUCUCCCCUCAACCCGAUUCUCCCCUCAACCCCAUUCUCCCCUCAACCCCAUUCUCCCUUCAAACCCAUUCUCCCCUCAACCCCAUUCUCCCCUCACCCCCACUCUCCCCUCAACCCCAUUCUCCCCUCGCCUCGCCUCGCCUCGCCCCAGCCCGCUCACCUCAUCUUACUUCAUCCCACCUCACCUCAACUCACCUUACCUCACGUCACCGCACCUCACCUCACCUCACCUCACCGCACCUCGGGCACGCCGCCGACACGCGUGGCGACGACGAAGAGGCCGCAGCAGGCGGCCUCGAGGAUGGCGAUGCAGAAGGCCUCGGGACAAACGUGGUGAAAGUGGACGAGAAAAGCAAGGAGAGGGAUGAGUGUUGGAGUACGAGAAUAGUGCAGGCGGACAAUGUGGCGUGGCAGACAAAGUGGCGUGGCAGACAAAGUGGCGUGGCAGACAAAGUGGAGUGGCAGACAAAGUGGCGUGGCGGACAAUGUGGCGUGGUGGACAAUGCAACAGAGUGGGGCUUACUUGGAACCGCAUCUUCGUGCCAGCUGGCUGGCAGGAAGGCGUGA